AUGGCGUUGUCUAUGGCGUCUCCAUGUGGAGUCCUGUCUGACGAGGAGGAGGGGGGCAUGGCUGUGUUUGAAUCCACGGCAGCUGACAUCGGAGGCCUGGUGGGACAACGACUGAACAAAGUCACUCUGCCUGAGAUCUCCAUCAUCUCCCCUGGACUAGAACCUCGGCCAUCCAUCAGAGAGGUAAGGCCUUAGCUCUAACUGAACUCAUAACACUCCGCACUCAAAAUAUAUAUAUUUAAGGUUCCUUUAUUACAGGCCUACCAGUACUUGUUUAUUCUUCAGUGAAGGUAAUGUUAAUAGGCAGCACAACACUACAUUGUGGUGACGGCUUGUUUGGACAAGCCUUUCAUCACUCAGUGAAUAUUCUGCAACACUUGAUACAUCUCUUUAUAAGAUAGUGAAGUUGGACAGUGUUUGAGUGUUUCCAUUUUCCCAGACUGUCAUUUUUUUUGCAAAGGGCAUUAGGGUAGACGCUAGACAGUUAUUUAUUGGGUGUUACGCCCUCCAGCAAUUUGUCACACAGCAAUAAGAUAGGCUAUCUUUUAACAACAAGUGCUUUAUUACACACAAACAUCAAUACAAUUUUAUUUAUAAAGCUGUUUUUACAUCAGCAGAUGUCACAAAGUGCUAUACGGAAACCCAGCCUAAAACCCCAAACAGCAAGCAAUGCAGAUGUAGAAGCACGGUGGCUAGGAAAAACUCCCUAGAAAGGCAGAAACCUAGAGAGGAACCAGGCUCUGAGGGGUGGCCAGUCCCCUUGUGGCUGUGCCGGGUGGAGAUUAUAACAGUACAUGGCCAUUAAGGGCAGAUUUUUCUCCAAGAUGUUCAAAUGUUCAUAGAUGACCAGCAGGGUCUAAUAAUAAUCAAAGUGGUUGUAGAGGUUGCAACAGGUCAGUACAUCAGGAGUAAACGUCACUUUGCUUUUCAUAGCCGGGCAUUUAGAGGUUGAAAUAGCAGGUGCGGUAGAGAGAGAGUUGAAAACAGCAGGUCUGGGACAAGGUAGCGCGUCCGGUGAACAGGUCAGGGUUUCAUAGCCGCAGGCAGAAGAGUGGAAACUGGAGCAGCAGCACGACCAGGUGGACUGGGGACAGUUAGGAGUCAUCAGGCCAGGUAGUCCUGAGGCAUGGUCCUAGGGCUCAGGUCCUCCGGGAUGGGAGGGAGAAUUAGAGGGAGCAUACUUAAACCCCACCCACUGCCAAAGCACAGCCUCCACACCACCAGAGGGAUAUCAACAGACCACCAACCUACUACCCUGAGACAAGGCUGAGUAUAGCCCACGAAGAUCUCCUCCACUGCAUGAGCCCGAGGGAGCGACAAACCGGACAGGAAAAUCACGUCAGUGACUCAACCCACUCAAGUGAUGCACCCCUCCUAGGGACGGCAUGGAAAGCACCAGUAAGCCAGUGACUCAGCCCCCGUAAUAGGGUCAGAGGCAGAGAAUCCCAAUGGAGAGACAGGAACCGGCCAGGCAGAGAUGGCAAGGGUGGUUUGUCGCUCCAGUGCCUUUCUGUUCACCAUCGCACCCCUGGGCAAGACUACACUCAAUUAUAGGAUGAGUCUUCAGGAAAGACUUAAACGUCGAGACAGAGUCUGCAUCUCUCACAUGGAUCGGCAGACCAUUCCAUAAAAAUUGAGCUCUAUAGGAGAAAGCCCUGCCUCCAGCUGUUUGCUUAGAAAUUCUAGGGACAAUAAGGAGGCCUGCGUCUCUACGUGUAGGUACAGUGGGGGGGAAAAGUAUUUAGUCAGCCACCAAUUGUGCAAGUUCUCCCACUUAAAAAGAUGAGAGAGGCCUGUAAUUUUCAUCAUAGGUACACGUCAACUAUGACAGACAAAAUGAGGGAAAAAACCCCAGAAAAUCACAUUGUAGGAUUUUUAAUGAAUUUAUUAGCAAAUUAUGGUGGAAAAUAAGUAUUUGGUCACCUACAAACAAGCAAGAUUUCUGGCUCUCACAGACCUGUAACUUCUUCUUUAAGAGGCUCCUCUGUCCUCCACUCGUUACCUGUAUUAAUGGCACCUGUUUGAACUUGUUAUCAGUAUAAAAGACACCUGUCCACAACCUCAAACAGUCACACUCCAAACUCCACUAUGUCCAAGACCAAAGAGCUGUCAAAGGACACCAGAAUCAAAAUUGUAGACCUGCACCAGGCUGGGAAGACUGACUCUGCAAUAGGUAAGCAGCUUGGUUUGAAGAAAUCAACUGUGGGAGCAAUUAUUAGGAAAUGGAAGACAUACAAGACCACUGAUAAUCUCCCUCGAUCUGGGGCUCCACGCAAGAUCUCACCCCGUGGGGUCAAAAUUAUCACAAGAACGGUGAGCAAAAAUCCCAGAACCACACUGGGGGACCUAGUGAAUGACCUGCAGAGAGCUGGGACCAAAGUAACAAAGCCUACCAUCAGUAUCACACUACGCCGCCAGGGACUCAAAUCCUGCAGUGCAAGACGUGUCCCCCUGCUUAAGCCAGUACAUGUCCAGGCCCGUCUGAAGUUUGCUAGAGUGCAUUUGGAUGAUCCAGAAGAGGAUUGGGAGAAUGUCAGAUGAAACCAAAAUAUAACUUUUUGGUAAAAACUCAACUCGUUGUGUUUGGAGGACAAAGAAUGCUGAGUGUCAUCCAAAGAGCACCAUACCUACUGUGAAGCAUGGGGGUGGAAACAUCAUGCUUUGGGGCUGUUUUUCUGCAAAGGGACCAGGACGACUGAUCCGUGUAAAGGAAAGAAUGAAUGGGGCCAUGUAUCGUGAGAUUUUGAGUGAAAACCUCCUUCCAUCAGCAAGGGCAUUGAAGAUGAAACGUGGCUGGGUCUUUCAGCAUGACAAUGAUCCCAAACACACCGCCCGGGCAACGAAGGAGUGGCUUCGUAAGAAGCAUUUCAAGGUCCUGGAGUGGCCUAGCCAGUCUCCAGAUCUCAACCCCAUAGAAAAUCUUUGGAGGGAGUUGAAAGUCCGUGUUGCCCAGCGACAGCCCCAAAACAUCACUGCUCUAGAGAUUAUCUGCAUGGAGGAAUGGGCCAAAAUACCAGAAACAGUGUGUGAAAACCUUGUGAAGACUUACAGAAAACGUUUGACCUGUGUCAUUGCCAACAAAGGGUAUAUAACAAAGUAUUGAGAAACUUUUGUUAUUGACCAAAUACUUAUUUUCCACCAUAAUUUGCAAAUAAAUUCAUAAAAAAUCCUCCAAUGUGAUUUUCUGGAGAAAAAAAUCUCAUUUUGUCUGUCAUAGUUGACGUGUACCUAUGAUGAAAAUUACAGGCCUCUCUCAUCUUUUUAAGUGGGAGAACUUACACAAUUGGUGGCUGACUAAAUACUUUUUUCCCCCACUGUAUGUACGGCAGCACCAAAUUGGAGAGAUGGGUAGGAGCAAGCCCAUGUAAUGCUUUGUAGGUUAACAGUAAAACCUUGAAAUCAGCCCUAGCCUUAACAGGAAGCCAGUGUAGAGAGGCUAGCACUGGAGUAAUAUGAUCACAUUUUUUGGUUCUAGUCAAGAUUCUAGCAGCCGUGUUUAGCCCUAACUGAAGUUUAUUUAGUGCUUUAUCCGGGUGGCCGCAGAGUAGAGCAUUGCAGUAGUCUAAUCUAGAAGUGACAAGCAUGGAUUAGCUUUUCUGCAUCAUUUUUGGACAAAAGGUUUCUGAUUUUGGCAAUGUUACGAAGAUGGAAAAAAGCUGUCCUUUUUAAAUAUUCUUGAUAUUUUAGUCAAAAGAGAUCAGGGUCCAGAGUAACGCCGAGGUCCUUCACAGUUGUUGUUUUUUAGACGACUGUACAACCAUCAAGAUUAAUUGUCAGAUCCAACAGAAGAUCUCUUUGUUUCUUGGGACCUAGAAUUAGCAUCUCUGUUUUGUCCGAGUUUAAAAGUUAAACAUUUGCCGCCAUCCACUUCCUUAUGUCUGAAACACAGGCUUACAGGGUAGGUAAUUUUGGGGCUUCACCAUGUUUCAUCGAAAUGUAGAGCUGUGUGUUGUCUGCAUAGCAAUGAAAGUUAACAUUGUGUUUCCGAAUGACAUCACCAAGAAAAACACAGAUUUCCAUUGAAACGUUCUAACUGUGUAGCUGAUUUACACAAAGAGGAUCAGUGAUAGGCCUACAGUAUGAAAAUGUUCAACAAUGCUGUUCAUCACAGAACUACAGUACUAUCACCACUUUCUUUCCAAUAUUCAGAAAGCGUUGGCGAAGCCUGGAGUGAUCAGACAAGGCAGCAGUGAUGAAGGGAACACUGAGAAAGUGAAGGUGUUUCUGCGCAUCCGCCCCCUGACUGAGGGAGAGAAGGAAAGAGGAGAGGAACAGGUACGAUCUGCACUCUCAUGCCAUUCUAUUGUAUUAUCAUUCCAUCCUAUUCUCCAUGUCAACUUUUAAGUACUUGUGAGACGGGUGUCAUUUUCCCUCCUCUCAUUUCAGGGCUGUGUGUGUGUUCAAAACGAAGAGACCCUGAUGCUGAAAGCCCCCAAAGACUCCCAGAACAUGAAGAGUGCAGAGAGGGGUGUUGCCCAUGGCACGCACAAGUUCAGCUUCUCUCAGGUAAGUUUCACUUUCACACAAGACCUGAGAGAUAAGACUCUACUAUGACACGUGUACUACAUUAUAAUAUACACAGAGCUCACAGACGUCUUUUCAUGUGUACCUCUGUAGAUCUUUGGUCCAGAGACCAAACAGCAGGACUUUUUCGAGAGCACCAUGAAGGAGAUGGUGAGAGACGUGCUUCGUGGAGAGAGUCGGCUCCUCUACACAUAUGGUGUCACCAACUCUGGCAAGACCUACACCAUUCAGGGUGAGAUAGGAUUAGUUGAUAUCACCAAGUAACUACAGAAAGCUAGACAUUUCCACUCUCUUGGUUUAGCUGUUUGCUAAGUAUACAGUGGAGAUGGGUACCACAAAGUACUGAUGUGACCUUUCCCCUGUAGGAGUGGGUCGUGAGGCGGGCCUCCUGCCCCGGGCCCUGGUGUCUGUGUUCAGGAAGCUGCAGGGCCGUCUCUACGGAGCCAUGGACCUCAAGCCUGUCCUCUACCAGGAGGUACGCCAGCUGGACGCCGGUGAGGUCCGGGCCGAGGAGAUCCGCAAAGACUGUCUGCUCAAAGAGGUGAGGGAGACGGGAGCAUAAAUCACCCUGGACUCAACUGUAAGUCACAUGAUGCCACGUUCACCUCUCCCUGUGUCUCUAUCACAGGAGGAUGGCAUGACUUCUCGGAUGCGAGGCGGCACCAGUACCUGGGACAGCGGCAUCGGUGGACACUCCAUAACCAGCCACAUCGCCACCCAGCUAGAGGGUGAGGGCGUUCAGACUGUAACAUGACUCUGCUCUCUGACGCCUAGCGAAGUCUAGAGUUAGGCCUAUACAGCAUUUACACAGCUGCUUUAUUAUAUAGGCAGUGGUAGUAUGUAGAGUAUUUUCCUUUUGUAUAAUCCUGGAGGUUGUGUGGCCACUGCUCAACACGCCCAUCUCUCUCCCAGCAGACUCUGACAGUGUGUGUCUGGAGCCCGACAGCCUGUCCCACAGUGGAGGGGAGGAGCUGGAGGAAGGGGUGCAGUUCUCUGUCUGGGUGUCAUUCUAUGAGAUCUACAAUGAGUUCCUGUAUGACCUGCUUGAGGCUCCGCCCUCCCUGCAGCCUAAGAAGAGGGCCAUCCUGAGGCUGAGUGAUGACAAGCAGGGGAACCCUUACGUCAAGGGUAACACGCAUUCAGAUUCUCUAAGAAAACAUGCUUUCUGUUUCUAAAAGUAGUGACUAUAUUAUGUAGAUCAUAUUAAUUAUGUUUUUCAUUGUAGUUUAUUCACAUUUACUGACCUUUGUGUUUAUGUGUUGUGCAGAUCUCACCUGGGUGCAGGUCCACAGUGCAGAGGAGGCUUGGAGAGUGCUCAGGGCUGGCCGGAGGAACCAGAGCUUUGCCAGCACUCAUCUCAACCACAACUCCAGCCGCAGCCACAGCAUCUUCUCCAUCCGGAUCCUGCACGUCCACCCAGAGGCUGACCAGGGCCAGGCCACACGAACCAGCGAGUACGUCCCAUCCAGGCUUCUCAUUCUCCGACCCACUGUCUUAUCCUGACUGUUCUGUCUGAUUUGACAUUGGUGGUUGCUAGUAGUAGGGAUUCUGUCGCACUAGGCUGGCUGUCUGUGACCUGGCCUUAGUAUAAUAGUGAUUCUCUCCCAUUAGGCUGUCUGUGACCUGGCCUUAGUAUAAUAGUGAUUCUCUCCCAUUAGGCUGUCUGUGACCUGGCCUUAGUAUAAUAGUGAUUCUCUCCCAUUAGGCUGUCUGUGACCUGGCAUUAGUAUAAUAGUGAUUCUCUCCCAUUAGGCUGUCUGUGACCUGGCCUUAGUAUAAUAGUGAUUCUCUCCCAUUAGGCUGUCUGUGACCUGGCCUUAGUAUAAUAGUGAUUCUCUCCCAUUAGGCUGUCUGUGACCUGGCCUUAGUAUAAUAGUGAUUCUCUCCCAUUAGGCUGUCUGUGACCUGGCCUUAGUAUAAUAGUGAUUCUCUCCCAUUAGGCUGUCUGUGACCUGGCCUUAGCCUAAUGGGAGAGAAUCACUAUUAUACUAAGGCCAGGUCACAGACAGCCUAAUGGGAGAGAAUCACUAUUAUACUGUCUGUGACCUGGCAUUAGUAUAAUAGUGAUUCUCUCCCAUUAGGCUGUCUGUGACCUGGCCUUAGUAUAAUAGUGAUUCUCUCCCAUUAGGCUGGCUGUGACCUGGCCUUAGUAUAAUAGUGAUUCUCUCCCACUAGGCUGGCUGUCUGUGACCUGGCUGGCUCAGAGCGUUGUAAGGACCAGCGCAACGAGGAGAGGAUGAAGGAGGCUAACAAUAUCAACACCUCCCUCCACACCCUGGGCCGCUGUAUCGCUGCUCUGAGGCACAACCAGAACAACAAGUAGGACACACACAUCUAAACAAGAGGAAUUCAUCACAUGCCGUAAAACCACAUGUAAAUGAAAUGCAUCCCAGCAUUGUACUGUCCAGGUGACGUGUUCUGCUGUCUCUACAGGUCGCGACCCCCUCAGGUGGUGCCGUUCAGAGACAGUAAACUGACCCGGGUUCUCCAGGGCUUUUUCUGCGGCCGGGGGCGCUCCAGCAUGGUGGUCAACAUCAACCCCUGUGCCUCCACCUACGACGAGACCCUGCAGGCCCUCAAGUUCUCUGCCAUCGCCACACAGGUACAAACAGCUCUCAUCUUGCAGUCAAUAAUACAGCCUUGGUUUCAGAGAGCUAUUCAGUGGGUGUCGUUGUGACCUCUGUCGCCUGUCUUCCCUCUCAGCUGGUCCAUGGGUCGUCCACUAAGACCCGGGUGGCCUACAUCCUGUCCCUGCUGCGGGAGCCCCAGCCUCACUCCAAUGACAGCACUCUGAUGGAGGAUGACGAUGACAGUGAUGAAGACGGGGACAUCACCAUGUUCGAUUCAGAUGUAUGUCCUCUCCGACCCCCUGUGAAUGAAAUGUCAACUUGUGUGUGUUGGGCCUCGGUGACUGACUGGGUCUGUGCUGUGUUCAGGCUCUGCUGCGGGCCAUCGAGGUGCUGAAGAGGGAGGUGCAGAGGCAGCGGGAGGAGAAGGAGGCGCUGGAGGCCACCGUCAGAGAGCAGGUGUUCUCUGAGAUGAUGGAGGUCAUCUCUGGCAUGGAGAAGGACUUCAGCCAGACCCUGGAGACUGAGAAGGCUCUGAUGGAGGAGAGGUUUGAGGACAAGAUCAACAACCUGCAGAAAAGCCUCAAGAGAUACUACAACCAGGAAAUAGAGGUGAGCGGGAUGGGACAGUCUGUAGAUGAAGAGUUAUCAGCUCUUUCAGUGGGUUUAGAAUAGAGGAGUUCUCCAUGCUACAGAUGGUUGAUUCCUUUCCACCUUCCCUCCCCAUCCUAGGAGCGUGAUGAACAGAUUGAGGCACUGACUGCAGGCCUGGAGAAAAGGGGAGGCGUGUCCCUAGCAGAGCCAGCCCCACUCCCCCUCUUCCCACCCCUAGCCCUGGGAGGAGAGGAUGAGGGUCCCACUCCCCGUCGCUCCCAGCGCCUGGCCUCCACAACCACAGGAGAGCUGAGCAGAGUGAGGGCCGAGCUGCUGGAGAAAACACAAGGUAAGAGAAGAGGGAGUACCGGGACAAGAGGGAAGUCUAGAUGAUUGAUUGGCAAAUGACAUGGGUCUUUAUAACUGUAACUCUCUUUCAGAACUGAGGCGCGUCCAGGGGCAGCUCACGCCACCAGAGCCCUCCGACGCCCUGACCAACGCUGCCGACCGCAAGCUGGGGGAGGGCCAGAAGGUCGGUACUCCAGCCAGGGGCCUAGUCUCCUCACACAUUACCCCCGUACCUUCUGUAUUAAAUACUAUAACCAGGUGUGAUUGCUGGGGUUUUAACAUGUUUGUGCCUCUGCUGCAGAACCUGCGUCAGUUGCGUCUGGACCUGCAGAGGCUGGGUCUGAACCUGCAGUCUGGAGAGAGGGCAUGCUGCCGCAACACUGGCGGGGAGAGGCUGCGCCAUGCGCUCGCCUCUGCAGACCACACACUGGCCAAACAGGUACACAUCUAUAGAAUUCAAUAGGACUUUAUUCCUAGGCAGGGUAGGGAACACUUUGUACUUAGUGAUCCUAGGCAGGGUAGGGAACACUUUGUACUUAGUGAUCCUAGGCAGGGUAGGGAACACUUUGUUCUUAGUGAUCCUAGGCAGGGAAGGGCUGCUGCUAGUUGGUGUGUUUUUGUCACUCUGAAAAGGCACAUAUUCAACUGGAAAUACAUGUGGGAGGUGGACUUAGUAGCCCCCCACAGUGUAAAGAAGAGAACCCUGUCCACUCCUGUCCCUCCCUCACCCUGUCACUCCCUCACUCUCUGUCCCUCACCCUGUCCUUCUCUCACCCUGUCCACUCCUGUCUGUCUCCUCCUGUCCCUCCCUCAGGACCAGACCCUGGUAGAGCUGCAGAACGGCCUGCUGCUGAUCAAGGCAGACCUGAGGAGGAAGGCAGAGACCCUGGCCCAGAUGGGUCAGAUGCCCCCCUGUGGCUCAGCCUCUGCUACUCCCGGCUCCUGUCAGAAGAGGGGCUGUGGGGCAGCAGGCAACGCUGAGAACCAGCCCCCAGAGAAACAAUCCUUCUUCCGCUCCCUUCUCUCACAACGUACCCCGUCACGAAACAGACAGGGACGCCCCCGUGAAGAUCAAACCACACCCUACUCACGGAUCCUUCGCUCCCGCCAACAGUCCCCUCCCCCAAGUCCCUGCCCCUCUGGCAGGUACAGGGUCACCAAGUGCUGA